AUGUUGCAACCAGAUCGCUUCAUGGAAGGUGUUGAACAGCCCAACUCUGAGCAACCACCAACCAAAGAGCUGCAGGAAGAGCAUCCCCAAUGUUUACGAGCAAUGUGCCAGGCACUCCACCACCUUCCGGUCCAGCCAGUCAAGUCGAUUGAAGAAUUGCAUGUAUUUGCAGAUGUAUGCAAUUUCUAUGGUUGUGUUCGGGCUUUAUCGUUUCAAAUUCAGAGCUGGACAGAACGCUGGGACUUUUCCACACUGGCAAGUAGUCAGCUGCAGAGAUUACUUUGGGUAUCCUUCAUUUUCCACCUGCGCAGCACAUUCAAGCAGGCGAGCAGCAGAUUGGCACAGUCAUUGACACCCGCCCAGUGGAAAGCCUGGGAUGUUCAUCCUAUGCCUGCUAAGCUGAAAGAGGACGUGAGAACGAUGUGCGAGGAUUUGAAGUGGGAUAUGCAAAUGCCAAUCGAAAACGCCUUCGGUGAGGUCAUUAAUAACGAGCAUGAGCAUGACAGGAAUGAUGGGGAUAAGAAAUGUUCAGAUUGUGGUCUCAACAAGCCUCGGCAGACCAGGAAAUGUGGUAACUGCCGGUCUACCAACUUCGAGGACUAUGUCUGCACCAAUGCAACGCGGUUGCUCUCACUCGAGGGGUGGCUGCAUCGCGAAGACCUUUGGCCAUUGAGCGACCAUCGUGGGAAGAGUUGCCACAAUCUGAACCAGCAUCGCCAGAUGGCUUCCUUCCAUGUCCAAUAUCGCGAUCCUUGUGCUGAUGAAAAGGCAUGUCCACUACUCCAGUCAAAGGAGAAAUUGCGCGGACGAAUGGAGGAGGCAUUCGACAAGAGCCCUGGACUGAGCCUCGACAAUUACGACGACGAGAACGAGGUGCCCGAAUAG